UAAAACCGCUAUUGAAUAUCACUGUGUUAAUAAUUCAUAUGGCCUGGAGGCGAAGAAAACGUUACAAAUCGAGGUCAAUUUUAGACUUUAGUCAAUAUUUCUGAUUGCCUUUUUCUUUUUCAGGUUUCUAGAACAUGCUAUAAUUGUCUUGUUCUUGUUUCCUUUGACGUAUUAAAAUACCAGAGGUUCCUAAUCAAAUAUUCAAAAGAAAGAUUGUGGCUCUGCUCUCUAAGGCAGCCAUAUAAUAGAACAAGUAUAGAAUUUACUGAGCAUCGUAAGUAUCUGUUUCUCUUUGGUCCGACUUAAAUGAAUGUCCACUGGUCGCAACAAGCUGAUCUCAUCAAGAAAGUGACACGCGUGGCCAAAGGAAUCCUUGUGACUUCAAUUUUGUCUCUACUUCUCGUGUUGGUUCUGGUUACGCUUCCAAAGAUCGAAAGUUCAAGAUUUAAAUUGGGAAUUUGUAGUGUCACGGCCACAAAACUAAUCACAGCUCAAGACAAGAGACUUCAAUGCCACUGUAUCAAACGAAACACCAACGCAAAAUGCACAAUUUAUUAUCCUUGUCUGCAAAUUUAUGUGUCUUACAAUAAUCGAUCGGAACAUGACGCUUUAGUCGUUAGGGACCGUCGGCAAAUAACAAAAGAGUGUUCUUAUAUACUCAGAGACUCCGAAUGCGGAACGACUGCGGACGUUUACAAACAUGUCAACGUUUUUCUUGAACAGUGGGGCUCGAAAAGUUCGUCUUACAAAUGUUAUCAUAACCCAAGGAUUCCCGCUCGGGUGAUUUUGAUAAACAAUGCAUUGAGUACUGUCUUAGCUGCAACCUUGACUCUAAUUUCUUCUGUUGGAGUAAUCAUUGGUCUGCUUUUGUUUUGUUUGAAAAAACAAAUUAGCUUGAUUAUGUUCAAACGUGUCAGGAGAUUCAGAGGAAAUGAACAAUUAGUUUCUCUUGCUCAGGGUUCAGCGAUUGAUGACGAAAUCGAAUAUUAAAGAGAAUAAUGAAAGAUAAAGUACAAUUGUGUUUUACGAGCCCGCAGGCCUGGUUAAUGAAGGCAACCAGCAACACUCCUUGUAUUGUUCUCAUCUCAGUCGAAGUCGAUUGAAUAUGAUGAACAAAGUUUAGCUUGAACUCAUUUUUAUAGUACUAAUAGAAUGGAACUUAGUUCUGAAAACUCGACUGUCGCAUUGAUAUCCAACCAAAAGCGUAAUAUAGAAACUUAAAAUGCUAAUAUCGGCAGACUGUAUCACCAAAGUAUUGCAAAUUGUUGUUCGAAAUUAGAAACUUAAAAACUUAUUGUAGUAGACCUCAAGCUUGAAAGGGUUGAAAGGGAAUUGAUGUGGAAAUUGUAUGGGUGUCUAAGACGAACUGAAUGACCGACUACUUAAUUCGGAGUCUUACAUGGGCCUUUUGCAGUUUCUCUCUUAUCAUAACAAAGAUGGUAACGAGUUCCCCCUAACUUGCUU